AAUCACUGUAAAUGUUUGCUAAAUAGUGUUGUGAUAAUUUUCUGUUCCCCUGACCUUUUGUUUUAACAUCUUAUAUAAUACAUUAAUCAAUACAGCGAGCCAAAAAUGUUGCGAAACAUCAGGUAUUGAUAGUAUAUAUAAGGACUGAGGCUUGUGGACCAUACUCAACAUUCUGUGGAGACGAGUGUUAGAAAAUGGAGCGUAUGUUCCUUCUGCUGUUGUUGGUUUCCAGCAGCCUGUGUGCUGGGAAUUACAGCUAUCUCGGGACUGGGACCAGCCUGGCGGUCUGUCAACCUGACACCUGCGCCCUGCUCAGCGAGGUGGCUGCCAUGAGGGAGAAGCUGGCAGCCAUGACGCAGACCCAAAGCACGCUUGAGCAAAACUUGAGCGCACUGAUGCAGAAAAUGGCCACCAUUGAAGCCAACUUGCAAUCCUACAAAAACCAGGCCGCGGAGCUCUGGAAGAUAAACCAGGCUCAGGACAAGCAGCUGAACACGCUCGCAGACGUCACAUCCAAAAGCACGUCAAAGGUGGCUUUCUCCGUCGCUUUGGGAACCUCGGCGGGUCCAUUUGAACAAGACACGGCGGUGAAAUAUCAGAGAAUUCUGUCCAACAUCGGCAGCGGCUACAACCCCGCCACUGGCAUCUUCACCGCCAUGGUACGAGGGCUGUACUACUUCAGCUACACCAUGUACAACAACAACUCUGGACAGCCUAACUCGGUGGCAUCACUGAUGAUGAACAGCCAGAAGAUGGUGUCUACCUGGGACACCGCGGGUGAAGACAGCCAAGACAGUGCGACCAACGCAGCUGUGGUGCAGCUGGAGGCUGGAGACAGUGUGUUUGUGAAGCUGUACGCCAACCGGGUGCUCUAUGACGAUGGCUAUUACUACAACACCUUCAGUGGUUUCCUGCUCUUCACUUUGUGAUAAUGACUGCAUCAUUUAACAUGGGAUGGACGAUAAGUAAAUUAUGCAGGAGAAAGGUGAUUAAUCUGUCCUACUACACUGUAAAACAAAAAUCAGUCUGAAUUUAUUGGUCAAGUUUUAAGAUUCAAUGACUUAAGUGACAAUUAAAGUGUGAGGAAAAACUUAUCAAUGACCCGUGUUUUAAUUAUGUGAGCAACAGGUAUAAUAGG